ACCUACUCACCCACCCAUACACACCCCACACACACCUACUCACCCACCCAUACACACCCCACACACACCUACUCACCCACUCAUCCACACACACACACACACACACACCUGCAUCUGUCCAGCAAGAGGACAUGGGAGUUGAUGGUGGUAGCUUUGAGGGCAAGGUCAAGACGGAAGUUUCUUUAGAAUGUCAGAAAUUUGAUCACAUUUAUAGCCUGAGGAAUGGGAGCUGAUGGUUAGGGAGAGAUUAAAUGCCUGCCAGAGUGGAUGAUUGAUGGCCCUAACCUAGAGUUGCACAGAGCUUGGUGGGAACUUGCUCAAAGGCAGUACGGAAGUGAGGGAGAGUCCGGGACCAUGUGAGCAGGAGCCAUUCUGAGUUACCAGCUGGAGGGAGAAACAGGACCAGAACUCAGAGAACAGGGCCAAAGGCUGCUGGUUGACCAGGGAGUUGCCAUAAGGUUUAUCAAGUUGUAUGGGGAUGUAUGAAGAGUCAGGAGGCUGAGAAACAGCCAGAAAUGGGAAGGUCAGUCAGGGGCAAUUCAGGAACAAAUUCUGGAAGCAUUAUAUCCUUUGAUGGUUACUUUUUAUAUGCACCUGGAAGUGUUCUGAGCUAGGGAACAGUUUUCAAAGGUGAAAGAAGCCUGCAGAAAAGAUAGCAAUGUGCAAUUGUGGCAAUUUAUCCUUGGAAAGGAACUAUGGGCUUGCUGUUUCUAGACAGGGAUUUAAGAUAUAGGAAUGAAAGAUGAUGCUAGGAAACUUUGAAAUAGAACUUACAUUCAAUGAACAGAUGCAUUUUAUCUUUUCAGCAAAUAUGAGGAGAGAUUAUUUGAGGAGAAGAGGGGGACAUGGUAGGGGUUUAGGGCUUGAGCAGAACAGAAAAGACUUGGAACAGUUCCUGAAAGGAAUCGGCCAGAGACAAACACAAGUUUUGCCAGGCAGUAUUGGAAGAUCAGCUGUAAUUAGAUAGCAUAAAUUUGUACGGAAACCAACUGGCAUCAAGUUACUUUCACUAGCAGUUUUUAAGCUGUGGAGAGUGGAAUCACAGACAAAAGACUAACAAAUGCACACAGGCCUGGUACAGGGUUGAGAUCCCAUGAGGAUUUUCUGCUGUAGGUAUGAAUACAAUUGAAAUGACUCACCUCAAGGCACAGAGUGGAUAAGGAGAACAAUGUUGCUUCAAGGAAGUUGAUAAACCAGGAAAAUAGAGUUACUAAGUAACUAGUGGCCACAGAAAAACUUAGAGGUUGAGUGAGCAAGUGGGACAGAUGAAAGGUCAGAAGAUUGUGGCCAGAGAGAAUUUCAGAGCUGAAGAUUUUAGAAGCAAAGCAAACACAUUCUGGAUACACGUGAGAUCCAAGUUGUGACUGUGCUGCUGAGAAGCUGAACGAAAUGGAAAGCAAAGCCUAUUGGAGCUGAGGUCAAAGAAUGUGAAGCCAGAGUGGAUGCUGAAUGGAAAAAUUAAUAACAAGGAUGUGGAAGCUAUUGAGGAGGCAGAAUGCGCCUAAAGAGCUGCUAAGCCGCACAUCUCUUGAGACCCAGAAGCUUGAUCUGAUGACUGAAGUGUCUGAGCUGAAGCUCAAGCUGGUUGGCAUGGAGAAGGAGCAGAGAGAGCAGGAGGAGAAGCAGAGAAAAGCAGAGGAGUUACUGCAAGAGCUCAGGCACCUCAAAAUCAAAGUGGAAGAGCUGGAAAAUGAACGGAAUCAGUAUGAAUGGAAGCUAAAGGCCACUAAGGCUGAAGUCGCCCAGCUGCAAGAACAGGUGGCCCUGAAAGAUGCAGAAAUUGAGCGUCUGCACAGCCAGCUCUCCCGGACAGCAGCUCUCCACGGUGACCACACAGAGAGAGACCAAGAAAUUCAACGUCUGAAAAUGGGGAUGGAAACUUUGCUGCUUGCCAAUGAAGAUAAGGACUGUCGGAUAGAGGAGCUUACGGGGCUGUUAAACCAGUACCGGAAGGUAAAGGAGAUUGUGGUGGUCACUCAAGGGCCUUCGGAGAGAACUCUCUCAAUCAAUGAAGAAGAACUGGAGGGAGGUUUCAGAAAGUGGAACACUACAAACAAGGGCCCUGAAGAAUUAUUUAAACAAGAGAUGCCUCCGAGAUGUAGCUCUCCUACAGUGGGGCCACCUCCAUUGCCACAGAAAUCACUGGAAACCAGGGCUCAGAAAAAGCUCUCUUGUAGUCUAGAAGACUUGAGAAGUGAAUCUAUGGAUAAGUGUAUGGAUGGGAACCAGCCCUUCCCGGUGGUAGAACCCAAGGGCAGCCCUUUCUUGGCGGAGCACAAAUAUCCCACUUUACCUGGGAAGCUUUCAGGAGCCACGCCCAAUGGAGAGGCUGCCAAAUCUCCUCCCACUGUCUGCCAGCCUGACGCCACGGGGAGCAGCCUGCUGAGGCUGAGAGACACAGAAAGUGGCUGGGAUGACACUGCUGUGGUCAAUGACCUCUCAUCCACAUCAUCGGGCACUGAAUCAGGUCCUCAGUCUCCUCUGACACCAGAUGGUAAACGGAAUCCCAAAGGCAUUAAGAAGUUCUGGGGAAAAAUCCGAAGAACUCAGUCAGGAAAUUUCAACACUGACACGCUGGGGAUGGCAGAGUUUCGACGAGGUGGGCUCCGGGCGACCGCAGGGCCAAGACUCUCUAGGACCAGGGACUCCAAGGGACAGAAAAGUGACGCCAAUGCCCCCUUUGCCCAGUGGAGCACAGAGCGUGUGUGUGCGUGGCUGGAGGACUUUGGCCUGGCUCAGUAUGUGAUCUUUGCCAGGCAGUGGGUAUCUUCUGGCCACACUUUAUUGACAGCCACCCCUCAGGACAUGGAAAAGGAGCUAGGAAUUAAGCACCCUCUCCACAGGAAGAAGCUUGUUUUAGCAGUGAAAGCCAUCAACACCAAACAGGAGGAGAAAUCUGCACUGCUAGACCACAUUUGGGUGACACGGUGGCUUGAUGAUAUUGGCUUACCCCAGUACAAAGACCAGUUUCAUGAAUCUAGAGUUGACGGACGAAUGCUGCAAUACCUAACUGUGAAUGAUUUACUCUUCUUAAAAGUCACCAGCCAACUACAUCAUCUCAGCAUCAAAUGUGCCAUUCACGUGCUGCAUGUCAACAAGUUCAACCCCCACUGCCUGCACCGGCGGCCAGCUGAUGAGAGUAACCUUUCUCCUUCAGAAGUUGUACAGUGGUCCAACCACAGAGUGAUGGAGUGGUUGCGAUCUGUGGACCUGGCAGAGUAUGCACCCAAUCUUCGAGGGAGUGGAGUCCAUGGAGGCCUCAUUAUCCUGGAGCCGCGCUUCACUGGGGACACCCUGGCUAUGCUUCUCAAUAUCCCCCCACAAAAGACGCUCCUCAGGCGCCACCUGACCACCAAGUUCAAUGCCCUGAUUGGUCCAGAGGCUGAACAGGAAAAGCGAGAGAAGAUGGCCUCACCAGCUUACACACCACUGACCACCACAGCCAAAGUCCGGCCAAGGAAACUAGGAUUUUCACACUUUGGAAACAUAAGAAAAAAGAAGUUUGAUGAAUCGACGGACUACAUUUGCCCAAUGGAGCCUAGUGACGGUGUCAGUGACAGUCACAGGGUCUACAGUGGCUACCGGGGCCUCAGCCCCCUUGAUGCCCCUGAACUGGAUGGGCUGGACCAGGUGGGACAGAUUAGCUGAUGCCCUUGUCACCUGCCCUCUGUGCACCCCGAGAGCUCACAGUAACACUGUGUCACCAUAUAACUGCACCUCACCCCUGCACAUGUGCAUGACUCGCAGAGAACAUUCCAGCAAGUGUGUACCCCUGGGCCAGUAUCUCUUUGAACUCUGAGGGUGGCCAGGAUCUGGAGCUGCAUCUCUAAGGGGCCAGGCUUUGGGGACCAUUGUCAAAUGUGGACUCAGGAGGAAAGACACUUAAAGACACCUUUACAUUUCUAGUAAGUCUUGAUGUUCAUCUUCAGCACCAGUGGAAACACAUGAACUUCGAUGCAGGUCCAGAGACCAUGGACACUCCCACAAGGCUCAGCUCUCAGGCACCCUCUAUGCUUCAGUUGAGGGAAAAGCUCAAGUGCCUUAGGCCCAUGGGCCACAGUCUUGGCUGAGACCAAAGGGAUGAGCAACAGGGACUUCUGCCACAGUGACAGUGGAAUUGUGUUGUGCCUUACUUCAGAGGUGGUCUCUUCUUUCUUGUAAUAAAAGCAAUAUUUAUGUGGAAAGCAA